UUGUGUUCAUCGUUUGCAUGUUGAACAUGUGCUUCACUGCUACCUUGAUUAUUAUUUCUACAAUAAAAAGUAUACUAAGUCUUGAAAAUUUGUGUGAUUAGCGCAGUUUGCUUGAAAAUCAGCGUCAUAUAAUGGCUCGACGUCCUGAACAUCUUGCUCCACCGGAAAUUUUCUAUAACGAAGAUGAAGCCCGCAAAUACACAAACAACACCCGCAUCAUUGAUAUCCAGGUACAAAUGUGCGAGCGAGCUAUAGAACUGUUGGCCCUGCCCGAGGAUGAAACCCAAUUGAUUCUGGAUAUCGGUUGCGGUUCCGGGCUUUCCGGGAGUGUGUUGGAGGACCAGGGGCACGUUUGGGUUGGUGUGGACAUUGCCAAGGCUAUGUUGGAUGUGGCCGUCGAGCGGGAAGUGGAAGGAGAUCUCAUUCUGGGCGACAUGGGACAGGGAAUGUCAUUCAACGCCGGAACCUUUGACGGAGCUGUUUCUAUUUCGGCACUGCAGUGGCUGUGCAAUGCCGACAAGAAGUCGCACGUGCCUCAGAAAAGGCUGUAUCAGUUUUUCAGUACACUCUUUUCUUCGUUGACACGAAACGCCCGAGCAGUGUUUCAGUUUUAUCCGGAGAACUCCGAACAAAUCGAACUCAUCACGACGCAGGCGAUGAAGGCUGGUUUCUAUGGCGGCUUGGUUGUAGAUUAUCCAAAUUCAUCGAAAGCGAAGAAAUACUUUCUGGUUCUGAUGACGGGUGGUAUGGUUAAACUGCCGGCGGCGCUCGGAACUGAAGAGGAUUCCAAUCAAAUCUCGUACAGCAGGAAACGAGAACUGACACGCAAUGCCCGUGGAAAGCCUCUAAAGAAGUCUCGCGAAUGGGUCCUCCAAAAGAAGGAACGCCGGCGUCAGCAAGGGAAUGACACACGAACCGAUUCCAGAUAUACCGCGCGGAAACGGAGUGGGCGGUUCUAGUGUAAGUAAGAGUUUGUACAAUAUUAAUUAUAAAUUAUUUUCUAUAGA